AUGUCGACAAAAAAGAAUACGAUCGUCACUGAAAGGUUACAGCGGGAUGUGCCCACCAUCAUCAAUGGGGGGAUCUACAACCCGCCCCUUCCCUCCCUUCUCCCCGCUAAGCGAACGCAGCAAGCGAUAAGAAGAAGAAAAAAAAAGGUGCCGCGCGAAGCCGAAAAGAGUAGGAGUGCGACGGAGAACACACGGUCGACACGCGGAACCGGUAAAGAGGAGAAGAAGAAGAAGAAGAAGAAGAAGAAGAAGAAGAAGAAGAAGAAGAAGAAGAAGGAGGAGGUAAAAGUAGACCCACCUGGGUGGGAAAAUAAUUUAGUUUCUCGUAUUGUUCCGAAUUUCGAUACUAAAUCAUAA